GAGCGUGUGGAGAGGUAGAGGAGAGUGUAGCGGCAUUAAGCAGCUCCGAGAUCAGCGGAUGCUGACAGACGCACAGCUGCUGAUGGGAAGAGGGAGACAGAGAAGACAAGACUCUCACACUCCAGAGGAGGAGAGCAGGUACCCUGUCCAUGUUCAUCAUCAGGCUGACUAGGACAGGAGGACAGCAGCGUCUCUGCAGCUACACGCAGACCGUUUUUUACAAUUCAGGUCACAGAAAAUGGGAGCACAAUGUAUCCUGAAGGGAAGCUUCAGCAGAAACCUUAUUAUUUCUUUACAAUCUGCAAUGGCUGUGAUAUGCAACCAGAGAACCUGAGUGCAGGAGCCAAGCAGCACCACCUUUAAGUGAACUCUGAAUUUGAUUUGACCUACUGGAACACCCUCUUCAAUCACCAGAUGGAGUGUUUUCCAUGUACUGUGUGUCCAAGUGCCUUGCUUCUGAUCAGAACUCUGCACCUACUACAUACAGGAACAGAUGGGCAAUAAGGUGUUUAAUGCUACAUGAUUGCCCACGAUGGACAGUAGUACCUUGAGAGCAGUUGCCACAUGCCCUGUUUUUCUAUCGCUUAAUGGAAAGAAUGAUAAAGGUUGUCUGGACCUUACAAUGAGAAUUCACUGACAAGCACAAGAAACCCAGGAGAAUCAAGGACACAUUGACUGUGAGAAGAGGAAAUAAAGGACAUCUUUUUUGGGCGAUAGUAACAAAGAAGCUACAUAUAUAAAUGAACAUCAUCUGCAGAUUGUCAUAAAAACCAAAAGAACAAUAGGGAUUCCUGACACUACUUCCAGGCUGGCUGUCAUUCCAGCAGCUCAAGGAAUCCCUCAGUAUCUCACUAUAUUCUACUAAAUAGUCUGCUACUACAGAACUCACUAUAAUUUGAAUCCUCUAAGAUUCAUUCAAAAAACCAUAGCUCCUAUGAGGUCUUUCCAAAGUGUCAGCAAGUGUAGAAGGUUUUUAGAUAUCUACACUAUCCAGUGGUCUCUGUCCACUCCUAUAGCUGCAGCCACUUGGCAGGCAUGGGCCUAUGGAAAAUGUUGCUCCUGCAAGGUUGCUAAAACAGCUUUAUUGAAUAAAUAAUAAAGUAUUACCAUCCCUGUCUAGGCAAAUGUAGGGGGGUGCACAAACUACUGUUGAUCAAGGUUGGUAAUCUGAGGUAUUACAAAUUCCAAGAAUCCCAAUGUUCAAUUUAAUCUCUUUAUUAGCUAACAUCAUUCAAACUUAAAGUUAGCAUCACAUACCCACCAAAAGGGACCAUGGAUAUCAAUGGGAGCCAGGACUAUGGGUCCUAUCCAACAGGGCUGCCCUAUAACACAAGUAUGGACUAUGAGGACUACUACCAGGAGCCUGACGCCAGUAAAAUCAUCAUUCCAUCCAUUUAUGCUCUUGUCUGCUGUGUAGGCCUUAUUGGCAAUGCCAUGGUCAUCUAUGUCAUUCUGAAAUACGCCAAAAUGAAAACAGCCACUAACAUUUACAUCCUCAACUUAGCAAUUGCUGAUGAGCUGUUCAUGUUAAGUGUUCCUUUUCUGGCCACAUCAGCUGCUGUCCGUCACUGGCCCUUUGGGUCACUGAUGUGUAGACUGGUGCUGAGCGUAGAUGGCAUCAAUAUGUUUACAUCAAUCUUUUGCCUGACUGUGCUAAGUGUGGAUCGUUACAUAGCAGUGGUCCAUCCUAUCAAGGCUGCCCGCUACCGCAGACCCACUGUAGCCAAAGUAGUCAAUGUCUGUGUUUGGGGGCUAUCACUCAUAGUCAUCCUGCCCAUCAUUAUCUUUGCAGACACUGUCCCUGCACAGGACGGUGGUGUGGAUUGUAAUUUCUUGUGGCCUGAAUCGGCGUGGUCAGAAGCAUUCGUGGUCUAUACCUUCCUGUUAGGGUUUCUGCUGCCGGUCGGAGCCAUCUGCUUAUGCUACUGUUUAAUGGUGGCCAGGAUGCGAGCAGUGGGACUAAAAGCAGGCUGGCUUCAAAGACGACGCUCGGAGAAGAAGAUCACGCGCAUGGUUCUGCUAGUUGUGGCGGUGUUUGUCCUCUGCUGGAUGCCCUUCUACAUCGUCCAGCUGGUAAGCGUUUUCCACCGGCCCCCAGACCCAAUGGUCACUCAGCUUUUUGUCAUCCUCAGCUACGCCAACAGUGGCGCCAAUCCUAUUCUGUAUGGCUUUGUGUCCGACAAUUUCCGGCGUUCCUUUCAACGCAUUGUGUGUUUCCGGUGGCUGGAGACUGGGCUGGACGCGGAACAGGUGGAUUACUGUGCUGUCGCUUUGAAGAGACAAGCAACAUGUAGCCCUCUGGAUUUUCCUAAGGACUGUAUGGCUUCUGAUAUGGUGUUUCGCAAUGGGACAUUUACCUCCCGUACAACCACAGUGUAAGCAGAACAGGACCUAAAACAAGUAGCCACAACCCAAGAUGGACUUUUUCAAUCUUUGGCUUACACAGGGGAGUUUGAUAUUUAAUUGUGAGUCAUAUGUUUGUUAUAAAAACUCAAACUCGGAAGUUCCAAAUAUAAGUUCCUGGAAAACACAAGUGUGCCAAACAAAAAUAUAACAGACCACACGUAAACUUGUUAAUGUCAGGUGUCAGGAGGAUUUUGGGACAUCGGCCACAAAGUUGAGAAAACCCGAAGAACAGUUAAUGGAAGAAAGAAAGUGUACAGUUCAGCAGUCAACCCCAGCUGGCUGACAUGUUGGGAUAAAAACUGACAAUGAAAAAGAUGUAUAUAACUGUAAGGAUACCACUAAUUCUGUUAUCAAGGGGACAAGGAUGUAAAGCACAGGUGAAUGUAAGCACAAAAAUGGUAAUGCUUAACAUUUUGAUUGAUAGGCAUAAGAAGCUGCCUGGGAAGCCCAUGAGUUACACUGUUAACCCCAAUCCAUCCAUGACACAAAAUUCUAAUGUAAAGUCUACAUAAAUGCCCAGGAUUGUCAAAAUGACACAAAAACUUUAUGUUCACUCGACACAAAAACUCAUCUCUCUUGACAUAAUUUUGUUAAUGGUAAGUCAACGAUUUUUGAGUUUUGAGCUAAGUUGACUAAAAUGUAUGAAGCUGAUUUCACCUAAUAAGUUGAAGGUCAAUAAAUAACGCUAUCAUUGUGCUCUUAUUGUGACAACAUAUUGUGAUGUGUUGAGGCUAGAUGGGUGGAGUUUUCCAGCAUGCCAUGAGACAAUGUGUUUAAGGCCAUAAGCCGAAGAAAACUGUGUUUAAAUGUGUUUUAAAUCACUCACGUUACCCAUUACACAGUGAUUAAUGUUUAUGUGCUUUACAAUGCUUCAAAUGGGUUACAGUUAAUGUUGUGGUAAAAAACCAUUUUCCACCACACGUUAUGUCGUAUACACAGUUAGUGACCUCCUGCCUGUGUGGAUAUAAGAGUGUCUUUUAAAAAGUUUAGGCAAGGGAAAAUAAAGAGCACUUCCAGGUUCAGCCUUCAUCUCUUUGCCUUAUUCUAGAAAAAAAAAUGUUGUCAAAUGUGUACCAAAUGUUUUCAUGUUAAUAUGACAUAGAAUUCAAUGCUCAAGCAACAACUGACAUAAAAUUCCUGUUAGAUAAGGGUCAUGUGACACAUUUAUUUUUGUGCCUGGUAUACUCAAAACUUUUAUGUUGCUGUAUUGUACUAAACUAAAAGUUCUGAGUGCAAGCUGUUUAAAUUUAAGUUGAGUGAGCGAAUUGGGGUUUACAGUGUAAUUAGAAAUGUGAAAAUGUAUUUUCAUUUCUCAUAAAGUAAUUGUUUAUUAACAGAUACACCACAGUAAAGCUUCUCAUGGCACCCUCAAAAUCAACAAAUUCUACACAACUGUGGUUAAAAUCCCAUUUGAAAAAGUUUCACUUAAUUCCCACAGUUCACAAAAGUUUGCCAUGGCAAAAUGAACCUUCAAAAAAGAAAAAAAAAGAAAAAAAAAAUACUGUCUGGUGAAAACGUUCCUAACCAAUUCUGUGAAGAAUUAACAUUAAUGGACCAAACAUAAGCUAGGAGCCUGGAGGACAUCUGGAAAUUAAUGAGUGCUAUUGGGCAUUAUAGAAAAUCAGGAGGUAUAUUUUUAACUAAAUAUUUAUUUGUCUUUAUAUCAAUUAUAAUAGCAUUAUCCAUAAAAUGAAAACUGAUUUUGAUUCAAUUUUACCACAUAUUGUUCAGAUCUGUCAAACUUUUAAAUGUAAUUGAUCUAGUCUAACUUUUAUGCAGUUGUUCUGCAGAUUUCUUCACCACAAAGUUCAAUUCAAAAUUUUUGAUGAACUGAAAUUUUUUGGGGCUGACAACAAGUGUCACCAAGCUUAAUGUCAUAAUAUGCUAAUGUGCUGGUUUUACUUUUCAGUAACAUGCAAGAAUGAUUUGAUCAUUAAAAAAACAAAACAAAAAAAAAACCUUGGGAUGGGGUGUGGGGGGGACGUGUUGGGUGGGGCCCCAAAAAGGCUUGUGUUGGCCCUGGAUAUCACCCACAAAAGAGAAAGGUUAAGUAACAGUGUCGUUUUUUAAUGUUGUUUGAUUCUUUCUGUGUGCUUUUCUGUAUUUGCUGUAUCUGUAUUUGUUAAUUAUUUGUUAGUAGAACUGUUUAAAUUUGAGAUUUGGCUUUGCAAAUUGAGCCACAGCUGUUUUGCUUGAGUUGCACAACAUGACAGAAAUGGCUGAAAAAAAAGAUGUAUAUGCUGAGUUCAUGUUUCUAAAUUACAAAGGCUCACAAAAGUGAUAUUUUCACCUGUGAUUUCACUUUGUCAUUUUGUGUUUUACAGAUUGUGGGGAGGGGUAGGCCUCAACAUAACAUGGGAACAAAAAUGUUCAGCCUUAUCAAAUGCUCUAUGUUGUGCCAGUCCUCCAUAGGGACCCUUGACCUUUGACGACCAAAUUCUAAUUAGUUUAUCCUUGACUCAACCUCAUCCUUGACCACCAUAAAAUGAAUCAGUUGAUCCUUGAGUUUAAGUCAACCCUUGUGCCAAAUUUGAAGAAAUUCCCUUUAUGCGUUCCUGAGAUAUUGCAUGGAAUGGAUAAAACGACUGAGGGAUGGACAUUUCUGGUGGUGGAGGCAUAAAAACUGUUAGUGUACCAAAAUAAUUUUUAACAUCUAUGGGUUUUUUUUUGGUGAAACCUUCUUCAGUGCCAAUUCUACCUUUAUCAGAGCCACAUUUGUUUUAGAUGUCUAAACUUAAUGUCACUGUUCUAGCUCCGUAAAAGUGAGCCUCUCUGGGGUGUCAGUGGCUUAGUGGUAGAGCAGGCGCCCCAUGUACAGGGCUGUUGCCGUAGCGGCCCGGGUUUGACUUAAGCCUGUGGCCCCUUGCUGCAUGUCACUCCCUCUCUCUUUCCCCCUUUCACACUUGUCUGUCCUAUCAAAUAAAGGCUAAAAAUGCCCCAAAAAAUAUCUAAAAAAAAAAAAAGAAAAGAAGUCAGCCUCUCCUAAGGAUUGUGAAAUUUAUUUUACCUUGUAGAGCUU